AUGGUGAACUUCCUCCAGCGCGUGGUGCACAAUGAUGCCAUGAAGUCGGAUCCGACCGAGAUUUACGGCUGGCGCGUCUACAUGCUGGCCUGUUCCGCCUGCUUCGGCGGCAUGCUGUUCGGCAUGGACAUUGGCAUCAUCGGCGGCGUGCUUGAGCUGCCCGCCUUCCAGGCCGAGUACGGGCUCGCCCACCUCGACAAAACUGGCAUCGCCAACCUGUCGGCCAACAUCGUCUCCACCCUCCAGGCCGGUUGCUUCGCCGCCUGCUUCGUCACUUCCUGGCUUGCCGACAAGUACGGCCGUCGCGCUUCGCUGUUGCUGGCUGCCGCCGUCGCCAUUGUGGGCUGCGUCAUGCAGGCUGCUGGCAGUGGUCACCUGGCUGUCAUGUACAUCGGAAGAUUUGUUGCCGGUCUCGGUGUCGGUGCUGCGUCCAUGGUUGUCCCGCUGUACAUCUCUGAGAAUUCGCCUCGCGCAAUCCGUGGCGGUCUUACUGGAAUCUAUCAGCUCUUCAUUGCCACUGGUACCAUGUUGUCUUUCUGGACCAACUACGGUGCCAUCAAGCACUUGCACGGCAACACCACCUUCGUUGUACCGCUGAUUGUCCAAGCCAUCCCGGCCAUCUGUCUUCUCGUGAGCAUGUGGCUCUGCAACGAAUCGCCCCGUUUCCUGGCCAAGCAGGACCGUUGGGAGGAGGCCACCUCCGUCCUUACCCGCAUCCGCCAGCUGCCCGCCUCCCACCCCUACGUACAAGCAGAGAUCAGCGAAAUCGCCGAGCAGCUUGAGCACGAGCGCCGCCUCAUCGGCGGAGCCUCCCUCAAGGACCUGCAGAGGGAGAUGUGGCUUAUUCCUGGCAACCGCAAACGUGCUCUGCUCACCAUCGGCCUGAUGGUCUGCCAGCAGAUGACGGGCACCAACGCCAUCAACUACUAUGCCCCCAUGAUCUUCCGCGGUCUCGGCAUCCCCUCCGCCGAGACCGGCCUCUUCGCAACCGGCAUCUACGGCGUCGUCAAGAUGGUGACGUGCGCGUGCUUCCUGCUCUUCGUCGCCGACUCGCUGGGCCGGCGGCGGUCGCUGCUGUGGACGUCUAUCGCGCAGGGCACGUGCAUGUACUACAUCGGCAUCUACGUGCGGGUGGCGCCGCCCAAGGACGGCGCGCCGGUGCCCCCGGCCGGCUACGUCGCGCUCGUGUGCAUCUUCCUGUUCGCGGGUUUCUUCCAGUUCGGCUGGGGCCCCGUGUGCUGGAUCUACAUUUCCGAGAUCCCCACGGCGCGGCUGCGCUCGACCAACGUCGCCCUCGGUGCCGCAACGCAGUGGUUGUUCAACUUUGUUGUGGCGAGGGCUACGCCGAAUAUGUUGGCUACAAUGGGGAAGGGUGGGUUUGGCGCUUUCUUCACAUACGGCACCUUCUGCUUCAGCAUGUUCCUCUUCGUCUGGUUCUUCGUGCCCGAGACCAAGGGCCUGUCGCUCGAGAGCAUGGACGACCUCUUCGGCGUCACCGAGCUCGUCAAGGACGUCGAGGCCCACGAACACGAUCACGACAACGGUCGCAGCUCCCCCGCCGCCCCUACCGCCGCCGAGGAGAAGACGGGGAUCGAGCAGGUCAAAAUCGUGCCGGCUUCGCCCGAGGCGGCGCGCAAGGAUUAG